AUGGCCGACCCAACGAUACAGACGUUCUGCUGCCACAACCGGAUACGGUCCCCGCCGGCCAUCAAGCUGAUGUCCGAGUUCGAUACCGACGGUUACAUCGUGGUGUGUUUGGUAUCGUCCGUGUUCGGUAUUGCCGGUGCCAUCUAUCAGAUAUGGAUCCGCCAUGAGGAGGGACCAACGCAUCACGCCGUCCGUCGGAGACGCGGCGGCGAGCUGACACUGUCUAAUCAGAACAUUGGCCGGCAGAUCAUCGUCUGGCUGGCGGUGGCCGACCUCUGCGCAUCGUUCGGUGUCUUUCUCCGGUCCGCCCUGUGGAAGUACAUCAAGGAUGUUAUUCCACCGGACAGCGACGUGGACGAUACGACAAACGUCAUCUUCUGUGCCGUUUCGUCCGCCUGGAUACAGUAUUUCUACAUGUGCACCUGGUUGUGGACGCUGUGCUACGCCAUCAACGUAAGGAGGCAGUUGACUGGAGCCCGGUAUGCCUUGCGGACGUACCAUUACUACGUCUGGAGCAUAUCGGCAGUGCUGACCGGCGUCGGAUUGACCGUGCUUUACGUACCCGAUGCAGAUUGUCACAAUGUCCACGAUAUGACGACGGCGUACAUGCGAAUAUUGCCCAAUUACGUGAUGACGUACGGGCCGAUGAUCGCCGUUAUGGUUGCCAAUCCGGUGCUCUACUACCAGGCGUCUCGGGAAAUCGAUCGGCAGCUGGUGGCCCGCUUCAGCCAGAUGUCCAACACGGAGCGGGACCUGAUGACAAAGUUUAAGCUCAAAUUUUCCCUCAUCAACCUUGUGUUCUACGUCUGCUGGCUCCCCAAUCUGGUCAACGGGAUCGUCCUGUGGACGAUGUGGUAUAGCCUACCCUUCUCAAUGGUCAUCACCGUGUGGUAUAUUAUGGCUAUUACCAACCCUCUGCAAGCGUUCUUCAACACAUUGGUCUACCAGAAGUGGAACUGCCGAUGGCGGUUUCGCCGGCAAGCAAGUACCGAUGCUAAUGCUGAAGUUAGGAGACGCAACCGUGCCUCGAUGGUGUACAAUGAAGGGACCCCAUUGCUUCAGUCGAAACUGGACUCACCGUCAGCCUCCACGCUGCAACUGCAUCAGACCUCGGUCGAAUUGAUACCGACACCGACGCGUAGCAUCAAUAAUUGCUCGCUGGUCUGACGCCGGAUUUGUCCGCUACUUAGCUGGAAUCGACACUCCACGAGGCCAGGCCGUUGGGUUUACUACGGUUCGACAAUGAACGCCAGCGACUUUGUGCAUCUCAUGUGGCGGGAGUCACUGAUCGUAGAAACGAACGGAGAAAAGCAAGAACAGAGCUCUGUCUUUCCAAAGAUUGUGUAUGCUCGGACAGAAAACUGACGCUAGGA